AUGAUGGCAAUCGGUUUUUCCAAAUAUUCUGUUGCUGCUGUUUGCUUUGCUGACAUGUACGCCUUGCCCCUUACACAAAUUGCAAGUUCUGCAAGCCCGUUGUUUUGCUUAGACAGCGACAAUGAUGACACCACAGGAACCCAAGCUCAUGAGUGAGAAUCGUUGUUGCGUAACAAAUAUCACAGGUAGCCCGGACGUAGCGUGUGACAAUAUAUUAAUAUUCACAUAGACAAAAUGGGAUGAGUCGUCGAAACUCCCAUGAACUAAAAUAGUCCAAAUGUCAAAAUAUAGCAAAACAAAGCUAAUACACCUUUAACUGAACGUCUCCUUGUUAACCCCUUCAACCGAAUCAGAGCACGCGUAGAGUACUAUUCACUUUUCCCCUAAGCGGCCCUCUCUUAUUAGCUACUAUGAAGUCACAUGUUUCCCGCCAAAAGUGUCAAAGCGGGCUAAAAAGGAUCAGACGAUAA